UGCUAUUUAAAAGCAGAGGCUGACCGAUUAAGGAGCAAAAAAAACAGCAGCCAAAGAUUCCGUUCACCUCGCUUGCUCGCUAUGGAUUAUUACCCGAUGGAGGAGGAGGUGCACCAUCCAUGGCAGUGGCAGUGGCGCCUCUCCCUCCUGUCUUCUCCUCUCCGGCAGGCCAACCAUGUCAGCUGGGAGGAGACCGCUGCCGCGCACCUCUUCUCCGCCAACCUCCCCGGCGUGAGGAAGGAGGAGAUCAGGGUGGAGGUGGAGGACGCGAGGUACCUCGCCAUCCGCACCGAGCUGGACGAGGGCGAGGGCGACGGCCGCCGGAGGAGCUUCAGCAGAAAGUUCCGGCUGCCAGGGAUGGUGGACGUCGACGGCAUCUCGGCGGAGUACACCCAGGGCGUGCUGACCGUGACGGUCCCAAGGAUGCACACGCUGGCCCGGCCCGUCGUCGACGUCGUCGGCCCUGGCCCGGCCCGUGACUCUGUGGCACGGGCUGCCUGAAUUGAUUUAUAAUAGUCAUUUCAAAAGAAGUAUUGAUUUCGUUUGUGAACUUAGAGAUUGAUGAUUUAUCUGAAUUUAUCAGACGUCCAGACGGUGGUACUAGUAUU